AUGAUUGUCGUGGGCCGCCCGAAGAAUGAUACCCCCUCCGCCACAGCGGUGGAACGGUUGAUUGAUUCUCCUUUGACCGUGAUUCUAUUUGGGCUCAUUGAGAGGGGAGAUGCUCGCCGCGCGGAGCAACUGUUCCUCACCCAUUUAUUAACGCAUUCUCAGUCAAACGGUGGUGAUGGGGCGGUCCCACAAAUAGCAGCGGCACGCGCUAUCACGCUUUGGGGUGCUUUAGAAAGUGCAUUGCAGGGAGGAGCCUCGGUCCCGAACCGGAACAUGUCAUCCUUGCGUCAAUUGUGGGCGGAAAGACAUCCGGAACCUGCUCCCGUGCGUCUGCCACCUGCGAGUGCAACCGUUUCAGAUCCUGAUACCAAGUACGUGGAUGAAACUAGUAAUCUAGCUAAAGAGCUUCGCGAGGUUGUUUCCUUACAAGACUUCACGCCUUCUUUCACGAGAAUACCACCGCCGUUCCUUCCCCUUGAUGCCCAAUGCAAAGAGCUGAGAUGGAUUGACCCUGAGCCGCUUCACGAAAUCUUGUGGGACCCAGAUAUGGGAAUAAGUGGCGAGCGAGGGAGCGAGGUAAGGGAGCUCAUUGAGAAGGCUUGUAAAUCCCCGCUCCCCGAAGCCGAACAACAGAAGCUUUUGGCCCAAUUGGAGGAAGACCCCAAACUCGUCCAUUUGUGUGGAAUGACACCUCAAAAGUUACCGGACCUUGUACAAAAUAACUCCGUCCUUGCUACAGAGUUAUUGCUGAAGUUAGUUUCAUCACAGCAGAUGCCGCAAUAUUAUUCAGCACUUACCAAUAUGGACGUGACUGUACAUUCAAUGGAGGUAUUUAAAGGCCUGACGAAUUCUGUUCAGCUGCCAACAGACUUUUUGAACACUUACGUCAGUCACUGCAUACGCUCUUGCGAAAGUAUCCCUGAGAAUGAGAAGUAUGGACGAAUUCGUAUGGUACGCUUUGUCUGUGUCUUCUUGAAAAGUCUGAUGAGAAACAACAUCAUUGAUGUGCAAGACUUGUUCGUUGAGAUACAGGACUUCUGUAUUGGACAUAGUAGAAUUCGAGAAGUGGCUGAUCUGUUUAGAUCGCUCAAGAUGCACAGUGUCCAGCAAUAGGCCCCGUUUUCCGAAACAGCCAAACAAUAUUAGAAGAUGACUGAACAUGCGGACAAGCAAAGUAUUCGCACCUAGUUCCGUGCUGCUGCUGUUGUAAGAUAUUCUUUCGUGUGGUAUCUUCAUUCAACCUCCAGUCUUCAGUACUGUCGAAACGAAAUAUGUUUACACCAUAGUCGUGAGCUUUCUCAGUACGGCAACGAUUUGUAGACAGAAAGAGACGCAUUUAAAGGAAAAGUGUGCCAUGGAAAAUAGUGAAAGUAUCUGCUCUUGCACAAACCAACAAUAAAUAUACAGCUAUGCACCCUGUG